AUGGGAAUUUUCUCGGUGCUCCUGCUUGCCGCGGCUUCUUUCGUUAGAGCGUCAGUCACUAUUGUUGACCCAAGUAAUUAUGCCGACCUUGCUGCGGAUGCCUCCGACAAUGCUCUGUUGGCCGACUACACUACGGACAAUGGUGGUGUCCAGUAUCUGAUAUAUGACAUCACCGGUCCUUAUUAUUACUACGACACGGAUGCAAGUCUUGAACACAGGACUGUGUCUGUCGACAAGAAUGACACAAGCGUUGUUGUUGCCACCGAUGGCUCUCAGCUCAACAUCUCCUAUGUGACUGUAAUCAAGGAAGGCUACAGCACCUGGCUCAAUCAAGCCAGCUUUUUCGGCGUGAACGCUGCCGUCAAUAUUGCGAAUGACUCCACAGCAUAUAUUUCGCAUACCAACAUCACUGUGCACAACGGCGCGGCUAAUAUUUAUGCGUAUGGAACUGGUAGCACUGUAUACGUUGAGGAUGUCGACCUUUACAGCUCUGGACCUGUGUCCCACGGUAUCUACGCUGCUGGAAACGGUACUGUCUACGCCAAUAAUAUUCGCCACUAUUCAGGCGGUAACCGUUGUUCUUCUUUUUCUGGCGACAGCCCGGGUGGAAACCUUUACAUUACAGACGCAGUUGCUCAUACUGCCGGCAUUGGAAGCGCUAUCUUUUACACCCUCGGGGAGACAUACGGCACCGAUAUUGUUGGGAAGGCAGAGAACGCCCCUUGUCUUUUCAGUGAUGGGGAACAACUUUCUGUGUUCAAGAACGUUGAUUUCUCUUGCGGUCUGCUUGCUGGCACUAUUCUUUUUAGCUCUUCCUCUCGUGACAGCGGUGCUUCAGUGAGCUUCGAGAAUUCUCGACUUACCACAACGGGUGAGGACAUGGCGGCUCUCUGGUUUGGGAACAUUAUCGCAUCUGCAGAGAUCAUUUCAACUGAGAUCAACACUGCCUCUGGUAUUCUGGUUAUUGCCAACACCUCCCAAGUUACACAGGCCUUCAGUUACUUUGCCGGUUCCGAGGAGAACUCGGCGAUCAAGCCUGCUGAUGUGACUGUUACCGUCUCCGAGUCCACCCUCGAGGGCAACAUCGUUGCUUAUAACGGCAGCUCUAUCACCUGGAAGCUGGCUGACUACUCUGACUGGACUGGUGCUGCUGUUCUUGGCGGAAGCAGCGGCACUGCUACCUUCUCCAUCUCGGUUGAUGCUACUUCUACCUGGACUCUGACCGAUGAUGUUCAUCUCCAGGCAUUCAAAAAUGGGGACAAAACCCUAUCAAACAUCAAGUCGAAAGGCCAUAACAUCUACUACAACCCUGCCAAUACCCAUAACUCGUGGCUGAAAAAGAAGACCGUAAGCCUCUCCGGUGGCGGCAAGCUUCGUCCUUCCUCAUAA